AUGAACAGUCACGCGCCACUCGUCCGCUCCCACUCCCACGAGGAGGACUCUUUAGGUCUCCUCGGCGAGCAGACUACCUCGGACGUGGAGAGCGAGGGCACCGUCGCCGAAGUCGACGGCCGCAACGUGUUCGACCAGCGCAAGCCUUCACCACGAUACCUUGCCUACUUGUCGGUCCCCUGGGAACACGUCCGCUUGACCAGAUGGCCCGCGCUUGCCACGCGCUUCCUCGCUUUCCUCGUUCCCAGCUUUCUGCAGGGCCGUCACGCUCGGGAGCAGGUAUGCCCCGCCAGGCUGUCCCCGACCGCCUACCUCGACGGCAUGCGCGGCCUGGCCGCCCUCUUCGUCUACUUCUGCCACUACUCCUAUCAAGCCUUCACCAUUGCCGAGGGAUGGGGCUGCGGCGAGACCAACUACCACCCGCUCAAGCUUCCCUUUCUCCGCCUCUGGUACCAAGGGCCCGUCGCCGUCUGCGUCUUCUUCGUCAUUUCCGGGUACGCUCUGUCCUACCGCCCCCUGAAACUGGCCCGGAGCGGCGCAUUCACCGACUUUUCGACGACGGUAAGCUCGCUGGUUUUCCGUCGAGGCAUCCGGCUCUACCUCCCGACGGCCAUCUCGACCUUCAUGAUCAUCGGCCUGCUGAGGAUCGGGGCCUACGAGUGGACGCGCGACUUCGCCAAUGACCGGGCUUACAUGAAGAUUGUUGUCGAGCCGCAUCCGAUCCGCAUGGAGAGCGCCUGGGCCCAAUACAGGGAUUGGCUCAUUCACAUGUACCGGUUCCUUCACGUUUUCGGUUGGGAGUUGCAAGGCGGAAGAACAGAGUACGACGUCCACUUGUGGACCAUUCCCGUCGAGUUUCGAUGCUCUCUCUACCUCUUUCUCGUCCUCAUCGGCACGGCCCGUCUACGGACCAAGGUUCGCUUUCUCGUCGUUGGCGCUGUCAUGUGGUUCACCUAUCGCCACUCGAGGUGGGAGCUGUUUCUCUUUUACGCCGGCAUGGUGCUCGCCGAAUGGGAUCACAUCCGCGGCGCCCACACGGGCUCUCUCACCCUCCCCCAGGACGAGAAGUCGCGAGAAGACUCGGGCCGACCUCUUCUGAAGCGGGUGCUUUGCAUCCUCGUCAGUAUCGGAGGCCUCUAUUUGAUGUGCCAGCCCGACUUUCGUGGGGAAAUCACGCCUGGAUGGAGAUACCUGACAUCCAUCAUACCCGAGUGGUGGCAGGAGGAGAAGUAUCGAUACUGGCAGUCGGCAGGCGCCAUCAUCUUCGUCUUUGCCACCGGUCAUUCGAAAGGCUGGCAGGCAUUCUUCAACACGCCCGUCGUCCAAUAUUUUGGCAAGAUCUCCUACGCCCUCUACCUCAUGCAUGGGCCCGCGAUGCACACGGUUGGCUACCACUGGGAGAAGUGGGCCUACAGCAUGACGGGCGUCGAAGGAUACUGGUACAAUGCCGGCUUCUUCCUCGGUGCUUGCUUCUGCGUCCCCACCGUCGUUUGGUGGGCUGAUGUGUUCUGGCGAGCCGUCGACAUUCCGACGGUCAAGUUUGCCAAGUGGUUUGAAAAACAGUGCCUAGCCUAG